CAUUAGCGCACCUGUUGAGUUCGGCCUUGGGCUUCAUUUUUUGGUGCUUUUCGAGUUGAUAGCUCAGUUUUUCCUAUCAUUUCCGUUCCUGAUUUUCGUGAUCACCGUCGAACUGUUCUGUGAUUUUCUCAGAAGUGAAGUAACUACGGACCAGACAAAAAUCCGGCAACAACUGUUCGUUACAAAGGGGAUAUGUGUAGUUGAUUAUCAAUGUACAUGGGUUCUGCAGAAGACCAUGUCUUUGCAGAUACUUGUAAAUCGUUUACCUGUAAACCGACCAAACUUGUUUGGGUUUCCGGCAUCCAAAGAAUUAUCACGCAUAUAAUUUAAGAGCGUUUUUCUCGCAGUUUGUUGAAUCCUCCAGAUUCUUAUGCUUCCAUUAUCGACAUAGACCGGAUUUGAAUGAGUUAGAAAACACCGAAGAAGUAGAUGGGCUUCAAAUCUUUGGCUGCAUUAAGAGAAAAAAUAGAAGCAAAGUAACAUGUUGUGCAAUCUUGUCGAUACUUGGAGAACACGCUGAUGAGCUCUUUCGUCUGUACAACCGUCUCAACUGGCUAGAUGAAAAGGACGACAUGCCGCUGGACUUAAAAUGCACUUUGCGGCCAAUAAAUGGAACAGUGGAAGAGUUCAACCAUUUGCCUGAAUUCAGACCCUUGUCUUGGAUGCCUCGGGGAAACGUCGGUACACCCACCCAACAUUUUUUUAAUUUAGUAAAGGAAUGUAAACUACAAAGCUCUAUAAUUUCGAAACUUCAUUUGGACUUCGCUAUCCGUGCAAAAAUCCGUAAAUAUGGCGCUGUUCCUUUUAUCUAUGACGACUCAUCGGUAAACAGUGCACAACCAAAUUCUUCUCCGGACCUACAGACUGAUCGCCCUAAUUGUAAUGUUACUAGAAGGUCCGUCUCAAUUAAGCACAACCCAUCUUUCAAGGAUACUUUUGGUCAUAUCUCAUCAGUGGAUUUCGAUGAUGGUGAUGAUGAUAUUCCGGAAGAAUGGGAUCGUUUCGAAGCAUUACAUGAUGAUCCAUACAAUCUAGACAGAGGAAAUAAGGCACAGCUGAAAUAUGAAAGUAAAGUUGAACUCGUAUGGGAAAAAGGUGGUUCUGGUUUAGUUUUCCAUACGGAUCAACGUACCUGGGAAAAGUUGGACCCACUAAGAAAAGAAGAAAUUUUUGAUGAACCUUCGUCUUUCGAUUGGGAUAUUGACAUGCAACCAUAUGAAGCACCAACUGCAAUAGGAAGUGGUCCAACUCCGAAUGGAUUUACUGGUGCAGAGAGAGAUACAGCUGAACUUAUUGAUAUAAAUCGGGAAAAAGAAUCUAUGGACGUUCAAGAUCUUGCAUACAACGUAUAUGCUGCCUUUUCAAAUGAAGUAAUUACCAAAGGCUACGGUGGACGAAUCCUAGAACGCAUGGGUUGGACUCCUGGUACUGCACUUAGUGUCAAGAGCAGCCAUUCUAAAGUCACUUCUGGCCUAAUCGACCCCAUCACCUGUGAAGGUAGUCUUCCUCCUAAAGUUCGUACGGGUCUUGGUUACUAUGGUCCACGUAUCCUACGCAAUUCCUGUAAGAAAAUGCUAAACCCAGGAUCGACUUUCAUCAAUAAAGAACAGAAGUUGAAAUCUGUGUACAUUCGGUCUGUGUUUGAUUCUCCACAAACUGUCGCUCGUCGUAGUGGACUUGGUUUGUUUCCUAGUCUUUUGAGGCGUAAUGACCCUGGAUUGGUCGUAAAAUGGUUAAGUGAUAAAAAGGUUUCAUCUACUUCACCAACUGAAUCGACUGUACCGUUGGAUGAACGAAUUUUAAUCAAAAAUAGAACUAUUAUAUUGAAUAGUUAUGGCAAUUUAUCUAAAGAAGGCAUUUCUUUUGUAUCUGGUGGUUACCUGAAUCCAUCAUAAAUUUCAGAUUUUUGUUGUGAUGCCCCAGUUUUGUAUAAAACAUUGAUAUCGAUCCGAACAUUUUAACGUGUCAUUACAUUAUUUUUACGGUAUAACGAAUAGUCUAUUUCUUCCCCCAUUGUAAUGUAAUUUGCUGAUUUGUUAACUUUUACUCUUACUAUGCGAAUUUCUCCAAUUUCGGACAAGGUCAGUUUUCAUGUGUAUACUUAUUCACGUGUUUUGGAUUGAUUCAUUGUUAUUAUAUUAUAUUCUCGGAGUAAUACCAUUAGCGCCUCGAAACCAUAACAAUUUUCUAAAGCUUCUGUAUAUAAAUGUAUCUUAUUAAUAUUAAGUAUAUAUUUUACCUCAAGUAUGUACAAAAGAAGGUUAUUUUGCUUUAUGCGUACUUUUUACAACUGAUUUCUUUUGGAUAAAUAUUAAAUAUACUUCUUCAGAUCCUAUGUUCUUACUUUCUAGAAACUGAAUUAUUCAACGGCCAUUCAGUUUCUCGUUAGUCCAAUAGCAAUAAAGUCCUUUGUGGUAGUCACUCAUGACAUAUCGUUGUUGUUGUUGUUUUCUCAUAAAACCGUGUGUC